AUGUUCCCCGCUCCUGCUGUGCCCCGUCCGAGGAAAAGGUCGAGACCAGCGGAGGCCUGCGUUCCCAGGCGUGAAGAGGUGAAGUUUAAGGAUGUCAGAGUGUACCUGGUGGAGAGGAAAAUGGGCCGCAGCAGGAGGAGCUUUCUGACCCAGCUGGCCACGUCUAAGGGCUUCAUUGUGGAAGACGUCCUCAGCGACAAAGUCACUCAUGUGGUGUCAGAGGACAGCCAGGCUGCAUCGCUGUGGAAGUGGCUAAAGGAUUGCGCCCAGACGAAUCUACCCAACGUGCAUGUGCUGGACGUCAGCUGGUUUACUGACAGCAUGAGAGAGGGGAGACCUGUUGCUGUGGAGACCAGACACCUCAUUCAGGACACCGUGCCCACAUCACCAGAAGGUUCUACACCCACUCACUCGGCCACCGUUUCUCCAUACGCCUGCCAGAGAAGGACAACCAUAGAAAACAAAAACAACAUACUCACAGAUGCUUUUGAAGUGCUGGCGGAGAGCUAUGAAUUCAACGAGAUGGAGGGUCCGUGCCUGGCCUUCCGUAGAGCUGCAUCUGUGCUGAAGAGUCUGCCCCAGGCUGUGCGAUGCCUGGGGGAAACUCAGGACCUGCCCUGCCUGGGAGAACACACUAAGGCAGUCAUGGAGGAGGUCCUUCAAUGUGGCCACUCGUUUGAAGUCGAAAAAAUCCUCUCUGAUGAAAGGUAUCAAACACUUAAGCUGUUCACAAGUGUGUUUGGGGUUGGACCCAAGACGGCUGACAAGUGGUACCGCAGAGGGCUGCGCUCAUUCAGCGACAUUCUGGCAGACCGCGACAUUCAUUUCAACCAGAUGCAGCAAAAUGGUUUCCUGCAUUAUGGAGACAUAUCCAGGGCUGUCAGUAAAGCAGAGGCCCGGUCCCUGAGCAACAUUAUCGACGGAACUGCCCGUGCGAUCACACCGGCCGCCAUACUAGCACUGACAGGUGGCUUUCGCAGGGGGAAGGAGUUUGGUCAUGAUGUAGACUUUAUCGUGACCACACCUGAGCUGGGGAUGGAGGAGAGUCUGCUAUGCAAAAUUAUUGCUGAACUGAAAAAGAAGGGCAUUCUGCUGUACUGUGACUACCAGGCCUCCACCUUUGAUAUGGCGAAGCUUCCCAGCCUCAGGUUUGAGGCCAUGGACCACUUCGCAAAGUGCUUCCUGAUCCUGCGGCUGGACGCCAGCGGAGUGGAGGGAGGUCUCCACAGUGCCGAGGGGGACUCCAGGGGCUGGAGGGCAGUGCGCGUGGACUUGGUGUCGCCACCUAUGGAUCGUUAUGCCUUUGCUCUCCUGGGCUGGACAGGCUCCAGGCAGUUUGAGAGAGACCUGAGGAGGUUCGCUCGAGGGAAGCAAAGGAUGCUUCUGGACAACCACGCCCUGUACGACAAAACCAAGAAUGAGUUCCUGGCAGCCACGACUGAAAGGGACAUCUUUGCCCAUCUGGGUCUCGAGUACAUCGAGCCUUGGCAGAGGAAUGCGUAGGCCUCCGCUCCUCCCAGGCUGGAUGAGAACCCUGCGCCUACAUCAGUGUUCAUCCCAUCUGCUUGCCAUUCUGCGGCU